AUGUGUCUAGCCAGAGAUGCAGACCCUGACAGUUGUAAGUGUACCAUCUUCGCUGCCUACGCUCGAGAAUGUGCCCUGGAGGGACGGGUCAUCGACUGGAGGGCCAACGACACUUGCCCUAUGGAGUGUUCUAACGGCCGUGUGUGGCAGGAGUGCGGUCCCACCUGUGCCCAGACCUGCAGACAGAUCAGUGAGCAGCAGCCCUGCACAGAGGAGUGUGCCGAGGGAUGUAACUGCCCCAAGGGCGAGUCGUGGGAUGAGGAGAGUGGUACAUGUGUGGCUGUGGAGGAGUGUCCGUGUUACUACAGAGGGAACCUGUACAAGGCAGGGGAAACCAGGCGCAACAAGUGUCAACUAUGCACCUGUAAGAACGGUGUCUUCAGCUGUGCAGAGGAUAAACAGUGUGAUGAGCAAUCCCUCUGUACUGGUGGCAAGGUGUGGUCGUCCUGUGUAGAGUGUGAGAGGUCCUGUCUGAACAUGCACGUGGAGUGCAAGCCGUCCAGUUGCAAGGAGGGCUGUGCCUGUCCAAAUGGCACAGUGACAGAGGGUGGUAAGUGUGUUCCUGAGGAUCAGUGUCCGUGUUACCACGAGGGGAGGAGCUACAAGUCAGGACAGGUCAUCAAGAAGGACUGUAACAGAUGCCGCUGCCUUGGAAGCACAUGGCAGUGCACCAACAAGAAAUGCCCAGCCAUUUGCUCAGCAUAUGGAGAUCCUCACUAUGAGACUUUUGACAAGAGGCACUUUGAGUUCCAUGGAUCUUGCAGCUACGUCCUUGCUGAAGACUUCUGCAGCGAUCAGGUCGGAACUUUCAAGGUCAGCGUGGAGAACGUCCCCUGCGGAACGGGUGGGGUCACCUGCACCAAGUCUGUCAAGGUCACCCUGUACGACACGGUCAUCCACCUGAUCCGGGGUUCCGAUCCCGCCAUCUCACGGAACCCCUACGCUAAACCCAGCGACCCGCCCGCAAAGUACAGGAUACAGAAGGCCGGCCUGUUCCUUAUUGUCAAGACUCCGUAUGGAAUGAGCCUGAUGUGGGAUGUUGGCACCAGAGUGUAUGUAAAGCUGGAGCCUAAGUACAUGGGGCAGGUGUGCGGUCUGUGUGGGAACUACGAUGGGAAUGCCAUGAACGACUUCUUAACACGACAGGGAGAACUCGAGCAGAGGGCAAAGAACUUUGCUGACAGCUGGCGAGUGUUUAUGACAUGUCCAGCAGCGGAGGAUGAGCUGGAGCAUCCGUGUGACCACCGGCCCGAGAGGCUGCAGUGGGCUAACCAUGCCUGCAGUGUGGUCAAGAGCAGCAUGUUCCAGCCCUGCCACGCUGUGGCUGAUCCGGAGCCGUUCUUUGAGAAGUGUGUGUUUGACGCGUGCGGGUGUGACCGCGGCGGAGACUGCGAGUGUUUCUGUACGGCCGUCGCUGCGUACACUCGCGAGUGUAACGAGAAGGGCGUUGCUAUUCGCUGGAGACAGAACGGCAGAUGUGCCAUGCAGUGUGAGAAUGGUAAGGAGUACAAGGCCUGCGGCACCUCCUGCCCAAAGACCUGCUAUAACCUGUACGCCAGCGAGCAGUGCAGCACGUCCUGCGUGGAGGGUUGCCACUGCCCCAACGGCACCGUGCAGCAUGAUGGGAAGUGCAUCACGCCGGUCCAGUGCCCGUGUGUUUACAACGGCAAGGAGCUCAUGCCAGGAGAGGUCGUCAUUGCUGACUGUCAGAGAUGCACAUGUGAAAGUGGCAAGCUGGCCUGUACAGGAGAGAGCUGUGCUGUGGAGACAACUACAACUCCCUACCCAGAGACCACAGCUGUACCCACAACUGGAGUAACAGUCAGCACCAGGCCUGAGCCAGAAUACACCUCACCACUGCCAGAGUGUGAGUUUGGGAAGACCCCCUCUGCCUGUGCUCCAGCCUGUCCUAAGGUUUGCCACAUGCUGCAGGCUGACUGUGUAGAGCCUGAGGGGUGUAAGUCUGGCUGUGUGUGUCACCAGGGAAAGGUUCUGGACUCCACAGGAAACUGUGUGGACCCACUGGACUGUAGCUGUAAGGAUGACGGUGGGGAAAUCAGAAGGCCUGGAGAGAGUUGGCAGAAGACCCAGUGUGAGACCUGCACCUGCUUCGACAACCAGAUCAGCUGUGCCAUGGCCUCAUGUGCCGACGUCACCUGUCAGGAGGUGAGCUGA